ACUGCCGUACGUUUUGCGUCAGGUCAACCUGCGCAAUGUGCAGGAAGUACGAAAGAUAGUGUGCGUGGUGUUCUACUACAGAACAUGUUGUUUAAGGUCUCUCAUCGCACGAUACAUGUUACCUGAAAGGGUACGUAAUGUAGGCUACAUCUACAACAGAGCACAGUGAGGAUGAGCGAGUCCAGCUAACGGCUACACAGACUGUGUGUGUUCAGUGUUGACGCAGAGGGUGUGUGUGUAUGUGUGUGUGUGUGUUUACAACAACCAUGUGGAGAAUAUGUCUGAGUGCAGGCUGCAGACGCUUCGGAUUAAAGGGGAUCUGGGGCUCCCAUGCAGUGCGUCGAUGCAGCGCUCCAGCCUUACCUGCGGGCAGGAUCACAGCACUGCAGGCGGGGGACUUAUGGAAGAGUCACUUUGAGGAGAGCGGUGUGUCAGAGCCUGACCACUCCACCCACUACAUCAUUGCUUAUCUGCUUGGGGCUAAAACUAUUGAAAGUCUCGAGCAGGGGAAGUUAACCGAGUUGCUCAGCCGAGAGAAAACAGAGCAGAUGUGGCAGCUGUGCACUAAACGCCUUUCCAGAAUGCCUGUGCAGUAUGUGAUCGAGGAGUGGGACUUCAGAGAUCUGACGCUGAAGAUGAGACCUCCUGUGUUCAUACCAAGGCCUGAAACUGAGGAGUUGGUUGAACUCGUGCUCAGUGAUCUGGAGAAGGCUGGCGUGGGCGCAGACGAGCAGCGUACAUGCCUGGAAGUGGGAUGUGGCUCUGGUGCUAUUUCUCUCAGUCUGCUGAAGAGUCUGCCUCAGCUUAAAGCCAUCGCUGUGGACCAAAGCCAAGCUGCAGUGGAUUUAACAAGAGAGAAUGCAUCGAGGUUGGGGCUUCAGGACAGAUUGCAGGUUUAUCAUAUAGAUGUAAUGAAAGAUGCAGAAACUCUGUUGAGCCUCUGCAGCACCGUUUCAGCUCUGGUCAGUAACCCUCCGUAUCUCUUCUCAGAGGAUAUGACAUCAUUGGACCCUGAAAUUUCCAGGUUUGAAGACCACGCUGCUUUAGAUGGAGGUAAAGAUGGCCUAAAAGUAAUCAGACAGAUUUUGACUCUGGCUCCACGGAUCCUGUCAAGUCCUGGUCGUGUUUACUUGGAGGUGGACCCCAGGCACCCCCCGCUCAUUCGACGGUGGGUGGAGGCGAAUGUGGAAGAGAUGCAUUACGUGGAGACACAGCAAGACAUCACCGGCAGGCCACGAUUUUGCAUCCUUCAGAAAGAGAAGUCAAACAAGGACCAUGAGCUGGAUCUGGAUUGAGAAACUGAGAUCCUAUUACUCUGGCUUUAGCCCAGGUCGCCUCAGCUUCCCUAACCCCACUGAGUCGCCGAAGAACACGCUGGUGCCGAUUCUGUCCCUCGCAAUUCACAAUUUGCAGGAGCUCAAACCAUUGUCGUGUCACUGUUGCACUUUUAAUCCUGCAACAUUCGCAAUUACAUCCUGAACCACAAUAAAAAAAAAUGGUGUGCGAGAUGGCACAAAAGCAGGCUCAAAGCUGAAGGUAAUUACUAAGGCUUUUCUUAGAACCCUCCCUCUCAGAAUCUCACCCUCCUCCCAGGAAGCAUUCAGUAGUUCUGUGAAUCCGCUGAUGAGCGGUCCUCCCCUUCGCCUGUCCACUCGCUGACUCAGAUGCAGGCUGCACACAUUGUUGAGCAAAAACACACAGCGUGGCCUUUACUUCCUCACCCAAUCUGCUUCUCGCACACACUUGAAGCUCAAAGGCCACAAAGUCUUUCUGUUUCAAAGGUGAUUGAAGGCGAAUAUAUUUCGUAACAAGUGUCACAAGAGCAGCCAUCAUGUGGCGGUUAAGAAUCAUGACACGAUGCUGACGAACAUUUCUCUUUACACUGUGAGUAAUGGUGCCGGUUUAAGCAACACAAGACAAAAGGAUCUAGAGAACAAAUGGGUUAGACUCCAACUGCUUAUUUUAAUAGAAAAAUGUACACAUGUAAAAGGUAGAAAAAAUGUCUUACUGAGAAAAAUAAAAUGGCGUAAAAGAUG